CUCUCCUUUCGAAAAUGCGUCAAGCGAGGAAGCUGAACGAAGAACUACGUGAACAACGCAAACGCGAGGGAUUGGACAGGUUCAUUGAUUCCCGAUUUGCCAGGAGGGACUCCAUCGGGAGGAGCACCAAACUCCGGAGUCAAUCUCGGAAGGAUGUAACCAGUACUUCACCACAAAGAGCUCGAGGGAAGACCGGUUUCUCUUGGAAAUUCGACUACGAUUUGACAUUGAUUAAGAAUAUCAUGCCGAAGGGCUCUGCAGGGAAAGUCAAGGCAUUGGUGGACUUAUUCAACAGUAGGACAUCUGAUCGCGAGAGGACUGGAGUGAAGGAGAUCGUUCUGAAGAGGAGCCGUUCACAUGUCUCAAUAACUUCCCCGCGUCUUACAUCUACGACGAACGAGGAUCUGAGCCCGCGGAUCGACCGCGAACCCAAUCGCAUUCGGAAGGUAUGCUUCAGUUCCACGGACCUGUUUCGCUACGAGAGAGAGACAGACUCGAGCACCGAAGAAAGCGGGGGAUCUUCUUACGAAGACUCGGAGGGCACCGAUGAUGGAGGUCCCCCUCAGGCAAAUCCAAGCUGCCAGCCCGGGCUGGCGAUCCCGGACAUCAAAAGUCUCAUCAGCAGAUUUGAGGUCGAUCCGGCCGCUGGGGGCUCGUAUCAAACGAGCGCGAUCGCACGAGCUGUCUUCUUGAUCUGA